UGGGACAACGCCAGCUCACCCUUCCCGGUGCACCUCCCAGGUCCCAGAGCGCUCCGGCUGGUGGGCGGCCGGAGCCGCUGCGAGGGCCGGGUGGAGCUGGAGCAGGAGGGGACGUGGGGGACGGUGUGUGACGACGGCUGGGACAUUCCCGACGCCGACGUCGUGUGCCGCCAACUGCAGUGCGGCCACGCCGUGAGAGCCCACGGCAACGCCGCCUUCGGCCGCGGGCACGGCCCCAUCCUCCGGGAUGAGGUGGGAUGCCAGGGACACGAGCGGGACCUCUGGGAAUGUCCGGCCGCGCUGGAGCACGACUGCAGCCACAAGGAGGACGCUGGCGUGGUUUGCUCAGGUGGGUGGAACAUUCCAGAGCGGGGGAUGUGGAUGGCGCGCCCUCAUGGCUGCGCUCUUCCAGCAGAGCACCAGGAGUGGCGGCUCUCCGGAGGCCGGGAUGGCUGUGCCGGCAGGGUGGAGGUGUUCUUCCGCGGCACUUGGAGCACGGUGUGUAACAGCACCUGGUACGAGGCGGAGGCCACGGUGCUGUGCCGGACGCUGGGAUGCGGGGAUGUGCUCCAGCGGCCCUCCUUCAGACACACACUUCCCGGGAAGAUGACAUACAUGUGUGACAACCUGCAGCCCUCGCUGGCAGAGUGCCUCUGGAUCUUCAAUAAAUCCGCUCCCUGUUACCAAUCCGGGGCUGCCGGGGUCAUCUGCAACGGCUCCCAGGGUUUGGAGGUGCCAACACCCACGGCGGCUGAGGUGACACCCAGGAAUGUCACUGUCCUGCACGCCGAGGAGGGGACCCCGACCUUGGGGACACCGCCAGUGGACAGUCCCCUCUUUGUCCUGUGCCUGGUGCUGGCCGCGCUGCUCCUGCUCUCCGUGCUGGCCUUUUCCACUGCCCUGCUGAGGCUGAGGAAGAGGAGCGCCAUGUCCUCCUUGGGAAUACCCAUGCCAGUCCUGGUGACCCACAGCUCCCAGCGCCCCAGCGCUCCCUCCAGGAUCCCCAACGACUACAGGAAGACUCCCACCAGCCUUCCUAAAGAAUCAGACUGUCUGGUCACAGCCAUUUCCAAGGAUUCUGAUUCCGACUCGGAAUAUUAUGAGUUCAGCAGCAAGCCUCCUGUCGCCCUGUCCACCUUCUACAACUCCCUGCGCCGGCAUUCCAGGGAGGAUUUUCUUCCUCUGAGACCCAGCCAGGACAGGAUGGAGCCAUUCCCUGAGGACGGUAUGACACAAGAGUCAGCCAGGCCAGGCCCCCCACUCCGCAGCUCCUCCAGCUCAUCCUCAACCUCAUCCACGGAGCCCUACUGGAAUGGCAGCAUUCCCCCCCCUGCCCAGGGCCCCCAGGGGCACCCGGCAGCCACCGGCCAUGGCUGCGGCACAGUUCCCCCGGCAGCGCCCGCCCCAGUGCCCUCCCAGCCCUGGGUACCUGCAGCUCCGGCAGAUCCCGAUCCCGACGGCAGCUCCAGCACCUCCUCGGGGGAGUGGUACGAGAACGUGCAGGAGACGGAGCCCCCCGGAGACCCCUCCUCACACCCAGGUGAGGAUCCUGCGCUGGAGGUGGGGGAGGCAACAGAGUCUUCAAACGGGCCCAGAGGUGACGUCAAAAAACCACAGAGGGAGGAAAAACAGCCGGUUCCUGUCCGGGCCCCCUCCCUCGCCUGCUCGGGGCCGGGCAGCGGAGGCGGCGGAGCCCCCGGAGCCUCCCGUGCCCCCAUGGCACCAGCGGAGCCCAUGGCAACCCGGCUGCCCAUCCUGUGCCUCCUGCUGGGAAUGUGGGCCAUCCCUGACCAUGGAGGAGCCACCUGGAUCCCUGGAGAAUCCAGCCUGAGACUCAGCAGAGGCGGCUGCCGCUGCACUGGGAUACUGGAGGUGAACUGGGAACACCAGUGGAGACCGAUCUGCUGGGAGAGCGUGAGCAUGGGAGACCUGGGUUGGAUCUGCCAGCAGCUGGAGUGCGGCCCCCCGACCUCUGAGCCCUUGGAGCUCAUCAUUCCCGGUGGGAGAGGGCCACAGAGUCAGCCCAGGAGGUGCAGCAACCCACUGGGAUGCCAGUGGGAGCUGGAAAACUGCACAGAGCAUGUCAUCGUUGCCUGUAAAGAGCCAGUGAAAACCACUCCCAAGCCCCCACCAACACCCCCGGCCACCACCCCAGAGCCCACGGGACCCCCCAGGCUGCGGCUGGUGGACGGGAAUUUCAGCUGCUCUGGCUUCCUGGAGCUGCACAAGCAGGGGCUGUGGGGGGCUGUGGCGAGCAUCCCGGACACCUGGACACAUCUGGUCACCCUCAUCUGCCAGGAGCUGCGCUGUGGCACUGCCGGGAGCAGCCACGGCAAGCCGGAUCCCGGGAUCCACCUGCCGGUGCGGUGGGAGGCAGUGGAUUCCUGCGGGAGCCAUUCCCUGCUGGACUGCUUCAACAGGAGCAGCCCCCGGGGCAAAGCGCCCGCCUUCAUCACCUGCUCAGAUUCCCAGCCGCGGGCCCUGCGGAGGCUGGCGGCCGGCCCCACUCCGUGUGAAGGGGACAUCCAGGUGUUCCAUGCGGGGCGGUGGUGGGAUCUGUGCGAGUCCGGAGCAGCGCAGCGAGACAAGCGUGGCCGGCAGAUCUGCCGGGAGCUGGGCUGCGGGAAUCUCACUUCCAGCAUGGAAAUCCGGGAGCCUCCCUCGACGGGAGUCACCUGUGAGCUCGAACCCCUGCACCUCUGCCAGCCCAAACUUGGGAAUGCCCGGAGCUGCUCCCGGACCAGAGUUGUGUGCCAGGACUCAAAGCCACUUCCCACUGGAACACCUGCUGGAACCGUCGUGAGCAUCUGCCUGGCCCUGCUGCUUUUCCUCAUCCUUUCCCUGAUCUGUGGCCCUCCUGCCUAUCGGAAGCUGAUGAAGAGAAGUAGGGGACAACCUCGGGAUCUUCAUCCUUCUUUUCUUCCUUCCUUCAUCCCCACGUGCCGGCUCAGGGCUGGCAGCUCCAUGGAUGCUUCCCUAAACUCCUUGGGGGGGGAUUUGGCUGCUCAGCCUGACAGAUCCCCCUGCCCCAUUAUCCCCAGACCUGCCCCAUUGUCCCCAAGCCUGUCCCACAUGGAGUGUGGGAGCGGGAAGAGGGAUUAAGCUCCAAGCAGAAAC